GCCGCGCUCAACCUCAGCGGCAACCGCCUGGAGGAGGUGCGCGCCGGGGCCUUCGCGCACCUGCCCGGCCUGCGCCAGCUCGACCUCAGCCACAACCCGCUGGCCUCGCUCAGCCCCUCCGCCUUCCCGGGCGGCGACGCCAGCGCGUCGGGCCCCGGCCCCCUGGUGGAGCUGGUCCUGAACCACGUCCUGCCCCCUGACGAGGAUGAUGAGCGGCAGAACCGCAGCUUCGAGGGCGUGGUGGCGCCUGCCCUGCGAGCGGGCCGGGCGCUGCGCGGCCUGCGCCACCUGGAGCUGGCCAGCAACCACCUCCUCUACCUGCCCGGAGAUGUACUGCCCCAGCUGCCAGGCCUCCGGCACCUGGACCUGCGCAACAACUCGCUGGUGAGCCUGACUUACGUGUCCUUCCGCAACCUGACACACCUGGAGAGCCUGCACCUGGAGGACAACGCCCUCAAGGUCCUCCACAACGGCACCUUGGCGGAGCUGCAGGGCCUGCGCCAAGUCAGGGUCUUCCUGGACAACAAUCCCUGGGUCUGCGACUGCCACAUGGCGGACAUGGUGACCUGGCUCAAGGAGACAGAGGUAGUGCAGGGCAAAGCCAGGCUCACCUGUGCGUUCCCGGAAAAAAUGAGGAAUCGGGUCCUCCUGGAGCUCAACAGCUCCGACCUGGACUGCGACCCGGUCCUCCCUCCAUCCCUGCAGACUUCUUAUGUCUUCCUGGGUAUCGUUUUAGCCCUGAUAGGUGCCAUUUUCCUACUGGUUUUGUAUUUGAACCGUAAGGGGAUAAAAAAGUGGAUGCAUAACAUCAGAGAUGCCUGCAGGGAUCACAUGGAAGGUUAUCAUUACAGAUACGAAAUCAACGCGGACCCCAGGUUGACAAACCUCAGUUCUAAUUCGGAUGUCUGAGGAACAUUCGAGGACAGAACAAGGACAGCUGUGCAUGAGAUGUAGACUUAAUUAAGCUUUAUCCUGCCCUAGGCUUGCUCCACCGUCACCCUCCACUGUAGACACCACAGGCCUUGACUGAGAGCAGUGAAGGGGAUUUGCCCCCUUGUCAUGUGAAGUGUCUCGGUGUGGUCCCCUCCUGUAAGAUGAAGAACAGUUGCAUAGUCUUUGACCUGUUCCCGUUGUUGGAACUCGACCCUUACGGAGGGACUUUUCAAGUUUCAGCAUGAACAUGGACUUCUGGCUGUCUGUUCCUCUUAGUCCAGCUCAAGGUGUAACGAGGGUACCAACACGGAUAGCGUUCAACAAAAGCUGCCUCAACUUUUUUCAGAAAAAAUACUCCUAAGUAUCAGUUUUAUUCUCAUGUACCUAAAUUAUGAAGAAAAUGAUUGCAUUCCAUAAACUGCCUGCAGACCUUAGCGAGCUCUUCAAAGUAACUCCAUAGUACACAGGAGCACCUGCAUCCGAGAGCAUGCUUGUAUUUUACUGUUCUGCGUAUUACAAAAAAAAUAAUAAUAACUUGCAACUUAAGAUAACUUCUUGGACAAAGUAAAUUACUUUUUUUUGAUUGCAGUUUAUAUGAAACUAUAUGCAAGUUGUUUUAUAAACUGCAUCGAGAUCCAACAGGCUAAAUUGUUUUAAAAAGAUUCAAUAAAGAUUCUUAAAAGAAU